CGAGGAGGAGGAGGAGGAGAAGGAGGAGGAGGAGGAGUGUGUGCGAGCGUGUGUGGCUGGGGGAAGCCAUUGCCUGUUUAAUAGUUGCUGUUGCUGCACUUCCGCUUCUCUCCCAGCGAGAGAGAGACACGAGUGGCCAGGCCCAGCCGCAGCCGCAGCAGCAGCCGCCGCGGCGGCACGGAGGAGCCAGACACAAAGAGAGGGGCUGUUUGCGGGGUGGGGUGGGGGGUUCGCUAUGUCGGAUGACGAUUCGAGGGCCAGCACCAGCUCCUCCUCAUCUUCGUCCUCUAACCAGCAAACCGAGAAAGAAACAAACACCCCCAAGAAGAAGGAGAGUAAAGUCAGCAUGAGCAAAAACUCCAAACUCCUCUCUACCAGCGCCAAGAGUGCUGGUCCCAAAGGCGAUAACAUCUAUGAAUGGAGAUCAACCAUUCUAGGGCCUCCAGGAUCCGUGUAUGAGGGGGGUGUAUUCUUCCUUGAUAUCACUUUUACACCUGAAUACCCCUUCAAGCCUCCAAAGGUCACAUUUCGGACAAGAAUCUAUCACUGUAAUAUUAACAGCCAAGGAGUUAUUUGCUUGGACAUAUUAAAAGAUAAUUGGAGUCCAGCACUAACCAUUUCUAAAGUUCUUCUUUCUAUCUGCUCCCUUCUUACAGACUGUAAUCCUGCUGACCCUUUGGUGGGAAGUAUUGCCACUCAGUAUAUGACCAACAGAGCAGAACAUGACAGAAUGGCCAGACAGUGGACCAAGAGAUACGCUACAUAAAUUGGGUCUUCACAAUUCUUACAUUAUUUGUCUGUCACAGAGAGAGCUGCUUAUGAUUUUGAAGGGGUGGGGGAGGGUGGGAGUUGGUAAAGAGUAGGGUAUUUCUAUAACAGAUAUUAUUCAGUCUUAUUUCCUAAGAUUUUGUUGUAACUUAAGGUAUCUUGCUACAGUAGACAGAAUUGGUAAUAGCAACUUCUAAAACUGUCAUUAGUUCUGCAAUAUUAGCUGAAAUGUAGUACAGAGAAUAGACAUUUGGGUUCAGUUGCUUGUAGUCUGUAAAUUUAAAAUAGCUUAAUUUUGUACAGGUUAUACACAUGGCCAUUUAUGUAAAGUCCUUCCAAGACUACACAUUUUUUGUUCAAAAAAAUUGGAAUUUGUUUUUCCUUCUUGGGAGGGAACAUCGAUAUUUAACAGUUUUUAGAGACUGUCAUCUCAUAUAUAUAAAAUGGAUAUGUGGCUAUAAGACACCAUAUAGGAAAUGAGUAGUUAUGUAUUUUAUUUUAUAUACCAAUCUACUUUAUUGUGACAAGAUGAGAGGUUUGAAUCACGACUUGUGAAAACCUGUAGUAAAAUACCUUAAGCUGUUAACUGUAAGGUGUGGAAUAGGAGUUGCUCAGUGGAUUGGUUAUAUGUUGUGGACUGCUUAAGUCUGCAUUUGUUACUGUGCUAAUAAACAAUAUUAAAACCA